AUGGAAUCAAAUAAUAAUAUUACAUUGUAUGGAAGUACAUCACCAAACGUUCAAAAAUGUCAAUUACUAUUAAAAGAAUUGAAUAUUCCAUUCAAUUUUAAACAAGUUGAUCUUUGGAAAGGUGAACAGAAAACAGAAGAGUACAAAAAGAUGUUUCCAAAUGCAAAGGUUCCAGGACUAGUAGACACCAAUUUAGACAUUCAAUUGUUUGAAUCAUCAAACAUUCUUUUGUAUUUGGUCGACAAGUAUGAUGGUCAAGGUAAAUAUCUUCCCAAACAAGAUAAAGACUACAAAGCAAGAUUGGAGGUAUUGAAUUGGUUGUUUUGGGAGUCAAGUACUCUUGGCCCAAUGUCAAGUCACCACAACUAUUACAAUGUAUUUGGUAUUGAAAAGGUACAAGAAGCAUCAAUUAGAUUUAAUAUCAAUCAAAAUUAA